GGGGGGAGAAGGAAAAAAAAUUGAAGUGGAGGAAAAAAAAAGACUGUGAGUAGAUAAGCUUCAGAUGCUCUGGUCUGUGAGGCCAUGCUAAUGCCAAUUGAAUUGCAAAAUUAUGAAAUAAAAUAACAAAUUUAUUAAAAUCUUAUUGUGUAUUGUAUUUCUUUUAUAUUUAGAUCUGGAGUGAGAGUAAAGAGAACAGUGCAAGGGAGGGAGUGCGCUACAGUGACAAGCCAAGAAAAGUAGAUCCUUGAAAUUAAUGGGAGAAGAUGAGAGUCAAGGCUGAAUUUGCAAGAAUCCCAAAUGGAUUAAAUCCCAAACCUGUGACCCCUAGGGUCAGUGUCCUGUCAUUGUACAGGAUCAAAGAGGCCAAUUGCUUUCAGGAGCCAGAAAACCCGCGGGGUGGGGACCAUUAGUAAAAGGAAACUUGGCUUUGUUAUGCGAGCUCUGCGCGCUCCGGGGCAGCCGCGAUGCCGAGCGCAGGCAAAGCAGCGGCCGCAGAGAGCGAAUCCUCCUGCCUGAGCAAGGGCUGUGGUGUCUGAGGCUACUCCUGGGAGUACCAAACACUGGCGCCUCCACCUCAAAGAUACUGCCUCAAGGGUGGCUGGUGAGGUUUCUACUUGACUUCACCCUCUGGUGGGUGGCUGGAGAAGUGUCGCUUAGCUGGGAACCAUGGGCUCCACCAGCAGCCGCCAGAAGAAGAUCUUAAAUGACACUGUCAGCGAUUAUGUCAACUCUGAAAUCAUUAAGAAACAUUACAACUACACGGGGAAGCUAAAUGAAAAGGCGGACAGUGGAAUAAAAGUGACAUCAGUGGUUUUUAUCAUCAUUUGCUGCUUCAUCAUCCUAGAGAACAUUUUUGUCCUGCUGACCAUCUGGAAAACCAAGAAGUUUCACCGACCCAUGUACUAUUUCAUUGGGAAUUUGGCUCUCUCAGACUUGCUGGCUGGGGUGGCUUAUACUGCCAACCUUUUGUUAUCUGGACAUAAAACGUAUAGCCUCACCCCUGCCCAGUGGUUUGUCAGGGAAGGCAGCAUGUUUGUGGCUCUGUCAGCCUCUGUGUUCAGCCUGCUGGCCAUUGCCAUUGAGAGGUAUAUCACCAUGCUAAAGAUGAAACUCCACAAUGGGAGCAACAGCUUCCGCUCCUUCCUCCUGAUCAGCGCCUGCUGGGUCAUCUCUAUGAUACUAGGGGGGCUCCCUAUUAUGGGCUGGAACUGUCUCGACCAGCUGCACAGUUGCUCCACUGUGCUGCCCCUCUACCAUAAGCACUAUAUUCUCUUUUGCACCACCGUUUUCACUGGGCUUUUAUUAUCCAUUGUCGUCCUCUACUGCAGGAUCUAUUCCAUGGUCAGGACUAGGAGCCGCAGGCUGACGUUUCGUAAAAACUUUUCCAAAGCCACGAAGAGCUCAGAAAAAUCACUAGCCUUGCUCAAAACAGUGAUCAUUGUCCUGAGUGCCUUUAUUGCCUGCUGGAGUCCCUUGUUCAUCCUGCUCUUGCUGGACGUGGGGUGCAAAGUGAAGGCCUGUUCAAUCCUCUUCAAAGCAGAGUAUUUCUUAGUACUGGCUGUGCUCAAUUCAGCCACGAACCCUAUCAUCUAUACCUUGACCAACAAAGAGAUGCGUAGGGCCUUCAUCAAGAUCCUGUGCUGCUGCAAAUGCCCCUCUGCAGAUUCUGGGGCCAAAUUCAAGAGGCCAAUUAUUGGAGGGAUGGAGUUUAGCCGAAGCAAAUCCGACAAUUCCUCCCACCCCCAAAAGGAUGAGGGUGACUGCCCAGAGACAAUCAUGUCUUCAGGCAACGUCACCUCAUCUUCUUAGAGGUAUCCAUUGGGGGCACGUUUCAAAGCCUCCCCUUUGAAACCCUACAGACAAGAAGCCACCUGCUCACUGUAUCAACUCCAAAAAGGUGGCCUAAGUGAGCAAGGUAGCUUUAGUUCUGAAGACGCAAGCAGGGCACUUGCAAAGGGUGGAGUACAGGAAGUGGCACAGACUGUUCUGGCUUGAAACUAUUUCCUUCUGGAGCAUGUUUUGUCUUUGCACUGAGGCAGACUUAGGAUUGCCAGGAGUAUUCCUAACUCGGAAAGACUGAUGCUUAGGUGGAAUGGUGCCAUGUGUUUGCGAGUGCGUGCAGGCAUGAAAGAGGAGGAGGAGGAAGGUGGGAAAGUGAUUUUUUUUUUGUAUGUGAAAAGAAUGUGAAGUUAUUAUUUCUUUACUUGCAGAAAAAGCCCUGACACAAACGAUCUUUCUGUACCAAGUUGAGGGAUGACUCUGCUAUCCUGAGUCACAAGUGUUUGCCAUUUGGUACACAGCAGGAAAGAGACUAAGCCAAUGUAAUCUAGAUAACGGAUAACCAUAGGUUGGCAUCACUUUCCUGAGCUUCUAGAUGUAAUAAGAUUUCAUCCGCAGAGUCCAAAGCUUUUCUUUUGCAAGAUCAAUUCUGUGAAGUUGUGCUGAAAUUUCAUAUUACUUUUCAGAUCAUGAGCCAGACUCUGCAUUCAAUUGCACUCAUAUAACCCCAAAGAAGUCAACAGGGUUGCGUGGGAGGAACUCAGAAUAGCAUUUGGCCUCAUAGAUCUAUUGAUUGGUUACAUUUAGUAUGAAAUAAAUUAUAUGACCCUAAAAGUUGCAGGAUAAACCUACAGUUCAUUUUCUCAUUAACAUGUGAUACUUGACAAGCUGGUAUCCAGUAUUACUGGCAUCAAUGGGAGUUUUGCCUAAGUAAGGACAAAGUGAAAACUGAAAAAUACCUUCAGGUUUUGGCUCACAGUGUUUCCACUGAUUAGAAAAUCUAUAUAAAAUACCAUGAAAUUCAGAGAAAUAAAAAAGGACCUUCGCAAGUCCAAGUGAAAUGACUGGUGAUAUGACAUAAAAAUGCACUUCCAUAACAAAAUACAGGAAAACUUAUUUUGUUUUCUAUGUUUUAGAAUGUUCACAAUUUCAGCAAAGAUGUCUGUAUUUUAUCAAUUCACAUAAAAAAUACCUUUCAUUUAAAUUGAAUGUUUCUAUUAUGGUAUUUUUCUAAUCUGUGUUAAUGGGGUUGAAUGUGUACAAUGUAUAUAAUUAACGAGAUGCAGAAGUCUUCCAACACCUAGAACAUUACUAUAAUAAAAAAUGUAUCAGGGUAGCUGAACAAUUGCUUAAUGUACAGUUAUUGGUGAAACAUAGAAAUGUUUUUCUGUAAAAAUGUUGCCCUUGUAGUGUGAUUUCCAGUGCAAUUAAACUGAUUUUCUCUUUGUUUUUAAAAAAUAGUAUUUAAAAUGUUUCUGACUUUUAUUGUUCAAUUUGCACAUAGCUUUAUUGACUUCUAAACAUUAAUAAACUGAUUUUUUUAAGA